CUUUUGUGUUUCACGAUUAAUUUACCUAAAUAUUUCCACGUUAAAUAGGAUAAACAUUGUGUUAAUAGCGUUACCAUCGUUACUGGCGCCGUUCAAGAUAGUUUUGUGUCUUCUGUAAGUGUUUUACGGAUCAAUAUCGCGUCUCUGGCGAAAUGCAUUCAUAGCGUCACUAUAUUUUGCAAAUGGAGACUAAGUCUGGAGUGGGUAUUGAGGACCACUGGAUGAAAGGUAUAAUGGAACCGGCGGGUGAGCAGAAUGACGGGCGGUCGGUUAAACGCGAGAAAAUGCAGGAAAACUGCAAUGGAGCUGAUAUUAACUACGAUAAACAGCAAGAAGUGCGUUAUCGGUGCGAUGAUUGCAAUUUGACAUUCGAAGGUCUGGAAUAUCUGCUAUUACACAAAAGAUUUCAUGGUAAUGAUAAAGAUGGGGUGGUAGUCGAGCCGGAGACUUCGGAAAGGCCUAUAAAAGACGGACAUAAGAAACGCCGUAAGUUUAGAUGUGACCAAUGUGAUGUUAAAGUUAAUUCCCAGUACCACUUGGAUAUACACCGCAGUAAGCACGAAGGCGCAACCUCCAAAAAGUUUAUAUGCGAAGUUUGUGACCGUAGUUUUGUGGCCGCACAAUUCUUGAAAAGCCACAUGCAGACUCAUUCAUCAACAAGUACAAUAAAUUGCGAGAUAUGUAACAAAAGCUUUACUGGACAAGCAUAUUUGAAGUUACACAUGCAAUUACACAAUGAUAUCAAAAAGUUUAAAUGCGGUAAAUGCGAGGAGAUGCUACCGACUAAAAACUGCCUUAAAAUUCAUAUGAAAAAACACACUAAGGUUAAAAAUUUCAAGUGUGAUUACUGUGGAAAAUUCUUUGUGUCCAAAGUUACUAUGGAAAAGCACCGUCAGACUCAUGAAGGGCAGCCUGCAGAUUGCCUACUGAAGUGUACGCAGUGUGACCGUACAAUGCACUCAACAUUACUUAGAACACACAUGGCUCGCGCCCACCCGUCGAACGUGGAAGAUGAUGUAAAACGACCAUUCAAAUGUUCAACGUGCGGUAAAAGCUUCAUAAUGAAAAUCAAUCUUAAUUUACACAUCCGAGUAUGCCAUCCAGAUUUGGCCGAACCAGAAGAUGACGAAGAGGAAGUUAUGACAGAUAAUUCUUAGUUUUUAACUGUAGUUGUAGGUAUAGUCAUAUAACAGACUUUGUCUAUGAAAUGUAUGAAAUGACAUUAUUAGUAGUUCUUCGUCAAGUGAAGAACCAUAGGGUCUAAAUCGCCAUUGUGAUGACCCAUUUGUGAAACUAAUUUAGGUAUAAAGAGUGACAAAUGGAAACUAGUUCUGGUAUUAAGUUUGAAUAGUGUUGGGUGAAAAAGCAGUUACUUUGUCAUAAUUAAUUAAACCGUCAGAAAGAAUCAACAAGACUACACUGGCUGGUGAGACAUCACAGCCAACCCAGGAUCUCAGUAUUUUUAAAAUUAUUAAUUGUUUUAUGUAAUAUUUAGAUAUUAUUGUGAAGAAACCUGCAUAUCAGAGGUUGCCACACACAUUUGACGGUGUGUGAAAUGCCUAGUCUUUUUUAAUUAUACUAAGUAAUAUGACAAACAAGUUGUGCGCCUGGUGGUGAGCAGCACUCCUGUUCGUAACAAUUGCAUUGCCUUAGAACCUUAAAUCACUAAAAUCUGAGGUACACUACCACUGUGCUGAGAUAAACCCAAGUUGACAAGUUCCAUGUGCCUGUAAUUUUACUUUCAUUUCCAAUAUUUUUAAUUUUUUCAAUCUGUAAAUAGAAUGUAUACGUACAUAUGCACAAAAGACCUGUGAGGCAUUGAGCCACAUGAAGUUGACAAGUCCCGUGUGCCCGUAUUUUCACCAGCACAUUUACCCUUCUAAACUGGAACACAGUAAUGCUUACAUUACCGUUUGGCGGCAAAAAUAGAUAAGGUGGUACUUGGACAAACACUUUCACAAGGAGCUUGACUGCUACAGUCUGCAUCGGGAGGACAGUCUGAUUUACUGUGUCCAUAACUUGUAAAGAGGAGACCUGUGAAUAUAAUUAUGAUUAUUACUGCUACUAAGGUGGCUUGGGGCAUUGUCCCCUUUAUCACCCAUAGAAUUUUGACAGAAAAAAAUACGAUCUAAUAUUUCAUACUGCAAAUGAUUCUUCAAGGAAAAAUCCUGAGCCACAGAAGAUGUGGUUGCAUAAAAACCACAUGGCUCCAAAGUACCACGCACUCGUAUGAGCCACAGUUUAACCGGCCUAUGUGGCUAUUGUGGCCAAUCGGCUUCAUUUUUACCAGACGAUUGACCCAAUUAAAAAUUGUUCUAUCAGUAUGACAGAUGAAAUAACGGUAUUACUUCCAUCCCUGACAUUUGUUACUUAAAACAUACUGGAUUCCAUUGUCGCACUUUAGUAAUGUACAGUCUACAAAAUCACUAGACUUUAAGAUUUAAAUACAACUCUAUGCCAUUUAUGUUAAGAAUGGUCCAAAGUAAAAACCCCAGUUUUGCUUGUACUAAAUAAGGUGAAUAUCCCAGUGUUGACAGUUUUCGCAGAUUUCGUCAUGCUGCUAUUUUUUUAUUGUAAAUCCAUAAUUUUAAAAUAAUAAUUUCAAAGGUUUCAUCCCUUGUACAGAACAAGUUUUGUGCAUUUGGAAAUUCAUGCAAUUUAAAAUAUACUUUGGAGUCAUUUAAUUCUUAAAUUUUAUAUUGCAUUUUUUUGCGCGCCUUCAAAUUAGACGCUUGUAGAAGUGCUGAAGUGGAUGUCAAACCGUAUGAAUGACAACCACUGAGCCGGAAAUAAUGGUAAGAAAUAGUGUUGCAACAAAUACUUGAUGAUACACGCAGGUGUCAUAACGGAAACAGAAAUAAAUAGAAAGUAAUGCGGAAGCGGAAGUGUAAAUAAGCAUGCCUUCAAAUUAGACGCUUCUAGAAGCGCUGCAGUGGUGCGGCAACCACGCGUCUAGUGCUUCAGUAAAUUUUAGCUCACUGAUUGUGACUGCAACAGCUGUGCGCACGCGUUACAGCAGUGGCGAUGCAACUGCGCUUCUAAAUAUUGAUAGGUAAUUUACAGGUUAGUUUUUCUCUUCCUAAUUUCGGUGGCAGUUUUUAUUUAAGUAUUCGAGUAAAUUAUCAAAUAAUAUUUCAGUUUACUAAACUAGAAUAAUAAAUAAUA